CGAAGGAUCCGUCACAGUCCCCACGGAUGAGAACGAUUACUUGACAGUAGCUGACAGAGCAAGAAAAUGGCGCUUAUCCCCUCACAAAUAUUGAGAAUAGCUAUUCUUCUCUCGUAUUUCUCUGUUCUCUGCAAUUAUAAAGCUAUAGACAUGCCUGCUCAUCAAACCUAUGGUGGUAGCUGGAAGUUUUUAACGUUCAUAAAUCUGGUAAUCCAAGCAGUGUUUUUCGGUGUGGGGGUGCUGACUGACUUGACCAGCCUGCUGACAAAAGGCGCUAUAUGCCAAGAGCAGGAGAGGCAGCGGAGGAAAUUAAUUGGUCUUAGGGACUGGUUAAUGGCUGUGCUGGCAUUUCCUGUCGGUAUGUUUGUUGUGACCAUGUUUUGGAUCCUCUACCUGUUUGACAGAGACUUAAUAUAUCCACGACUCUUGGAUAAUUUCAUUCCACAGUGGCUAAACCAUGGAAUGCACACAACAGUACUCCCCUUCAUCAUAAUUGAGAUGAGAACAACACCACACCGUUAUCCAAGUCGGCUCUGUGGACUUCUGACUGUUUGCAGCUUCGCCAUGGGAUAUGUGCUAUGGAUGUGUUGGGUCCAUCAUGUGACUGGAGUAUGGGUUUACCCGCUGCUUGAGUAUCUUGGCACAAUGUCCAAAGUCCUCUUUUUCUUUUCUCUGACCAUUCUCAUUAGUGUAUACUAUGUUCUUGGAGAAAUUCUCAACAGUUAUAUAUGGGACUUCACAACCAAGACUAAGUCUUCAUGAAUCAGCAAUUAGCAUAGCCUAUGCCCUAUGCUGUCUAAAUGUGUUAUAGUCUCACUCGAAAUAAAUCAUGAUCAUUCAUAGUCUCACUUGAA